AUGAUGCCCGAAAGUAGUGGAAUAUUCGUACCAGAAGUAGAGAGAUCAGCAAAUAAUUCAGCUUUUGAUGGCCUUUCUCAAAUUCGUUCGAAGACAGCAGCUCUAUGUAACUCGAGCAAAAAAUUUCUCUGUUUUAGCGCUGAUCUAUCACAAAUGACUGCUAAAAUAGAUUCGAUUAAAAAGUGGACUGUAUCGACAUACAAAUCAACAAAACAAACAAUUUGCGAGAAUUUGGGAAAGGUUGAAAGAACAAUCGACAAAGACAUGGAAGAACAAAUUGAAUCAUUAAAAGAAUUACAUCGACGUUAUAAUCAGGUUUUGUCUAUGUCGGAGAUUUUUUGUACUCAUUUUCUUCAUUUGAAUGAAGCCAAAAAGGGCUUAGCCGAAUCUUUUUACCAACUUUCGUUAAAGGAGACGAAACUCAAGAAGGAGUUUUCGUCUAAUAGUGAUUCAUUACGUUCUUUGGCACAAAAUGGUUAUUUGCUAGAAAAGGCGUUAACAUUUUUUCUUUCGUCUUUGCGCACUUUAUGUCAUCAUUCAAUAGAAGAUACACUUACGACGGUUCAUAAUCUCGAUCAGGCUCGAUUAGAAUAUGAUAUAUAUCGGAAUGAAGAAAUGACUCUUCGUCAACAAACCAAUUUAAGCACAACAGUUUUAGCUGCUGCCGAGCAAAAACGUAUCUUCCAUAAACAAAAAUAUGAAAAACUCAAAGAAGACGUAAAAGUGAAGAUGUCUCUUCUUGAGGAAAAUAGACAAAAAGUUAUGCGAAAACAGUUAAUGCUUCUUAAUAAUGCUUUAUUAGCGUAUUUCUCAGGAAAUGCAAACGGUUUGCAGUCAGUUAUGCAAAAAUUUAUUAUAGAAGAUGAAAAUGUAAUUGCUAAUGUUGCUCCUUCAUUUCUCGAACAAUAA